AUGUUUAGUGUAUUCAAUUUUUUAAAUAAAUCUAUAAGCGUCAAUAACGCACAACUUACAAAAGAACUUGUCAAUGAACAAGAUGAUGACGAAUAUUAUGUGGGUAAUCCUAGUGCAUCAAAUACUGUUAUAAAAGAUAAUUCUGAUAAUUUGUCUAUUGAAAACGUUGAAAUUGACUUCAACAAAAAAGAUGUUGAACUUGAGAUAGGAGACAAAAAUACUGGACCGCUUCAACCAAUAUUAAAUAACUAUCCAAAAACUAUUAGUGGAAAUCAACAUCGGUCAUCUUCUGCAAAAUAUUAUAAAGACUAUUUUUGGCUUGAUUAUAGUAUAAAAUCUGAUGCCGUUUAUUGUUUCUGUUGCCGAAUGUACAGUAUAAAUGACCAAAAUGAAGUUUUUGUAAAAAGUGGCUUUCGAAAUUGGAAGAAAGUAAGUUUUUUUCAACAAAUUAAUUUUAAUUAA